CGGUCCUCGGGUUCCGUCCCUUUGCUUUGUGUGCUCUGCUAUGUGCUGCUCUCUCGCCCUCAUCUACCGACCAGACUUGACACCCUGUACGACGUCGAGGGGCCAGCUAGCCAGAGCGCGACCAUGGAAGCGAACAAAGAGGUGUUGUCGUCGGCAACCAGGAAGUGUUUCCCUUAGUGACCGUCGGGCCAUGGAGCUGAGAUAACUCCGCCCCCUCUGCUGUGGUAACCAUGGGAACGUCCCGAUGCUUCCGUCUGGCGUUCCUGCUGGGGUCUGUGUUAAUGGUCCUGCUCAUCAUCCUCUAUUGGGACGACGUAGGAGAGCUCAAUCUCUACCCCCACGACCCUCAUGACCUUUACCCCCAUGACCCUCACCCCACCUCACCCAGCUCCUCCACACCCACCAAACCCCCACCCAGGGACACAGAGGAGCAAGCGACCCACAAACCCCCCAGAACCACAGAGCCUGACCGGCCUGGAGAGGGUGUUCCACCCCCAGGGGAGGAACACCCCCUCCCCCAAGUAACAGACUCAUCAGAGCUGGAGGAGAGGUGGAGAGGAGAGGAAGGGAAGCGAGAAGAGGAGAGAGUGAGGCAGGCGGAGGCGAAAAGAGAGGAGGAGGGGAGGAGACAAGAGGAGAGGAGAAGGAGGAUCGGUGAUAUGUGUUCCGGGAACGGAACAUUAGAAUUCCCAGGAAAAUUCUGGACAUUUGACCAGAUUCCCAACCGGGAGUUAAACCACCUGAUAGUAGAUGACAGACAUGAGAUCAUCUACUGCUACGUUCCCAAGGUAGCAUGUACCAACUGGAAGCGUGUAAUGGUGGUUCUCUCUGAGGGUCUGCUGGCUCCGGAUGGACAACCUUACCGCGACCCCCAGGCCCUGCCCCCUGACCUCAUACACAACUCCUCCCUGCACCUCACCUUCUCCAAGUUCUGGCGUAGGUAUGGCCGUCUCUCCCGUCACCUGAUGAGGGUGAAACUCCAGAGUUACACCAAGUUCCUGUUUGUCCGCGACCCCUUCGUCCGACUCAUCUCCGCCUUCCGGAACAAGUUCCAACAGCCCAACGAAGACUUCUACCGCCAGUUUGGCUCCGUCAUGCUCCGUCGUUAUGGAAACGGGACCUCCAGGGUUCCGGAGUCAGCGGCGGAGGCGUUCAAAGCGGGGAUCCAGCCGUCGUUCUCGGAGUUCGUCCGGUAUCUCCUCGACCCCCAGACGGAGCAGGAGCAGCCAUUCAACGAACACUGGCGUCAGGUGUACCGGCUCUGUCACCCCUGUCAGAUCCACUAUGAUUUCAUCGGCACGCUGGAAAACCUGGAGGACGACUCGGAUCAGCUGCUCCGGAUCCUGGGCCUGGAAGACCAGAUAAAGUUCCCGCCGAGCAACCGGAACCGCACGGCAACCAGCUGGGAACGGGAUUGGUUCGCUGAGGUUCCGGCCGAGUUGAGGAGGAAGCUGUACAGUUUGUAUGAGCCAGACUUUGAGCUGUUCGGGUAUCCUAAACCAGAGAGUCUGCUCCAUCACUGACAGGCUGUUGGGUAUCCUAAACCAGAGAGUCUGCUCCAUCACUGACAGGCUGUCGGGUAUCCUAAACCAGAGAGUCUGCUCCAUCACUGACAGGCUGUCGGGUAUCCUAAACCAGAGAGUCUGCUCCAUCACUGACAGGCUGUUUGGGUAUCCUAAACCAGAGAGUCUGCUCCAUCACUGACAGGCUGUCGGGUAUCCUAAACCAGAGAGUCUGCUCCAUCACUGACAGGCUGUUGGGUAUCCUAAACCAGAGAGUCUGCUCCAUCACUGACAGGCUGUUGGGUAUCCUAAACCAGAGAGUCUGCUCCAUCACUGACAGGCUGUUGGGUAUCCUAAACCAGAGAGUCUGCUCCAUCACUGACAGGCUGUUGGGUAUCCUAAACCAGAGAGUCUGCUCCAUCACUGACAGGCUGUUGGGUGUCCUAAACCAGAGAGUCUGCUCCAUCACUGACAGGCUGUUGGGUGUCCUAAACCAGAGAGUCUGCUCCAUCACUGACAGGCUGUUGGGUGUCCUAAACCAGAGAGUCUGCUCCAUCACUGACAGGCUGUUGGGUAUCCUAAACCAGAGAGUCUGCUCCAUCACUGACAGACUGUUGGGUAUCCUAAACCAGAGAGUCUGCUCCAUCACUGACAGGCUGUUGGGUAUCCUAAACCAGAGAGUCUGCUCCAUCACUGACAGGCUGUUGGGUGUCCUAAACCAGAGAGUCUGCUCCAUCACUGACAGGCUGUUGGGUGUCCUAAACCAGAGAGUCUGCUCCAUCACUGACAGGCUGUUGGGUAUCCUAAACCAGAGAGUCUGCUCCAUCACUGACAGGCUGUUGGGUGUCCUAAACCAGAGAGUCUGCUCCAUCACUGACAGGCUGUUUGGGUAUCCUAAACCAGAGAGUCUGCUCCAUCACUGACAGGCUGUUGGGUGUCCUAAACCAGAGAGUCUGCUCCAUCACUGACAAGCUGUUUGGGUGUCCUAAACCAGAGAGUCUGCUCCAUCACUGACAGGCUGUUUUGGUGUUCUAAACCAGAGAGUCUGCUCCAUCACUGACAGGCUGUUGGGUGUCCUAAACCAGAGAGUCUGCUCCAUCACUGACAGGCUGUUUUGGUGUUCUAAACCAGAGAGUCUGCUCCAUCACUGACAGGCUGUUUGGGUAUCCUAAACCAGAGAGUCUGCUCCAUCACUGACAGGCUGUUUUGGUGUUCUAAACCAGAGAGUCUGCUCCAUCACUGACAGGCUGUUUGGGUAUCCUAAACCAGAGAGUCUGCUCCAUCACUGACAGGCUGUUGGGUGUCCUAAACCAGAGAGUCUGCUCCAUCACUGACAGGCUGUUUUGGUGUUCUAAACCAGAGAGUCUGCUCCAUCACUGACAGGCUGUUUUGGUGUUCUAAACCAGAUAGUCUGCUCCAUCACUGACAGGCUGUUUGGGUAUCCUAAACCAGAGAGUCUGCUCCAUCACUGACAGGCUGUUUGGGUGUCCUAAACCAGAGAGUCUGCUCCAUCUCUUGAUGCCUUACACAUGUGCCUGAGAACCGUGGAUUCGAACCCUGUAUACAUGCAAGCCUGCCGCAAGGCUGUGCUGUUAGCCCACUGAGCUAAAGCCUAGGCAUUAACUUGGGGAGCUAACACAACCCUCUAGCUCUCCACGAUCAGGAGAGAAGAACCAUUUAAGCGUUUUUUUAUCUAAAGGGAAUUGUGCUGUAAAAACUGUUUUUCAAUAAAGUUUUUUUGGGGGAAAUAAA